AUGCGGUUCUUCCCCGAAUGCGGCAUGACAACUAAAAGGAAAUUCAUCGGUGGUAUAAGUGCCUUAGGGUCCUUCCUCGAUAAGGACAUCGAUUUGGCCGACGGAGUCAAACUAGUUAGUAUACCGGUACCGAAAACGCUGGAAAACGGACGAUCGUUCGACAAUUCGGUUUUGUAUCGAAUGGCGAAGUUCUUGCAGGGACACGAAUUACAUAUAAAGCUCCCGAAGUUGAUAGAGAAGGAUCGAGUGGCCCAGAUUUUCGCGCAGAGUUUGAAAGUCGUCGAUGAAACUUACAAGGAAAAUGGGGUGACCGGAAGGGGAAAAGGCGAUGGCAGUGGUGGAGUGGCUCUGCUGGGGAUGAUGUUCGCUAAAGCCCUCGGAGCCAUGGGUAUUGGUGGUCUUGGACUUCUAACUAUGAAGGCCCUCGCAGCGUCCGCCUUAGCUCUGAUGCUAUCAGCAAUCGUGGGGGUCAAGAAACUGACGUCCCACGAUGACCACGAUGACCACCAAGUGAUAUACGCUGGCCAUCAUGGCCACCACAGGAGGAGAAGAGAGGCAACCCCUCUGCCGUACCGAGGCUGGGACUUCAAGAAGAAAACCGAAUGA